GGGGAGGAAGGGUCGGGAUGGCGGCGGCGGGGGCGGCAGCGACGCCCGGAGGAGGGGCUGGGGCUGGACCCGGGGCCCAAGAAGAGGAGGAGCACGAAGUCGUUCGCGUGCGGGUCAAGAAAUGCGAAGGCUUCUUGCAGCCCGAAUUCCGCACUUUUGCGGUGGACCCGCAGAUCACCUCGCUGGACGUGUUGCAGCACAUCCUCAUCAGAGCCUUUGAUCUCAAUGGGAAGAAGAACUUUGGCAUCAGCUAUCUGGGCCGAGAUAAGCAGGGCCAAGAAACGUACCUCUCCCUGAUGUCAGACUGGGAUCUAGGCGUGGCCUUUGCCAGUGCCUCCAAGCCUUACCUGCAGCUCAAGAUAGACAUCAAGGCUUCUGAAGAUAGCCCCCUCCUGGAGGACUGGGACAUCAUCAGCCCCAAAGACGUCAUCAGCACCGACCUGCUGCUGGUGGAAAAGCGGUCUCUAGCGGCAGCGGCUCUGCCCUUCACGCAGUCGAUCCUCUCCCAGGUUGGCAGGACACUGUCCAAGGUCCAGCAGGCGCUCAGCUGGUCUUAUGGGGAGGACAUCAAGCCUUUCAAGCCCCCCCUGAGCGAUUCAGAGUUCCACACGUAUCUGAACCACGAAGGACAGCUGACGAAGCCUGCCGAACUGCGCCUGCGAAUCUUCCACGGCGGGGUCGAACCCUCGCUGCGUAAGGUGGUCUGGAGGUACUUGCUCAACGUCUAUCCCGAUGGGUUGACAGGGCAGGAGCGAAUAGAUUACAUGAAGCGCAAGACGCGGGAAUACGAGCAGCUGAAGGGGGAGUGGAAGACGCGGGCCAGCCCCGAGGACCUGGACUUCAUCCGCAGCAACGUGCUGAAGGACGUGCUGCGAACCGACCGCACUCACCCUUACUACGCGGGCUCCGACGACAACCCCCACCUGAGGGCCCUCCACGAGCUGCUGACCACCUACGCCGUGACCCACCCGCAGAUCUCCUACUGCCAGGGCAUGAGCGACAUCGCCUCCCCCAUCUUGGCCGUGAUGGACAACGAGGCCCACGCCUUCAUCUGCUUCUGCGGGAUCAUGAAGCGCCUGGAGGGCAACUUCCAGGUGGACGGCGAGGUCAUGUCGGUCAAGUUCUCCCACCUGAAGCUGCUCCUCCGCCACUCGGACCCCGAGUUCUACUCCUACCUCCUCUCCCGGGGCGCCGACGACCUCUUCUUCUGCUAUCGCUGGCUGCUGCUGGAGCUCAAGCGCGAGUUCGCCUUCGAGGACGCCCUGCGCAUGCUGGAGGUCACCUGGAGCUCCUUCCCUCCCGACCCUCCCGAAAAGGAAGUGGAGCUGGUGGGCCCGCCAGCCAGGCCCAGAGACAGCAGCCAGCCCGUCCGGAGGAGACACAUGUUGCGUCCGGCUUGCAGCUUCGAGGCGGCCGGGGAUCAGCCUUGCCCGGGGGCCGUUUCCGAAGACAAGCCGCUAGUCAAGCAGUCCAGCUUCAGAGAGUUCAAGUAUUACAGCACUCACAACGAGGACAGUUCCGAGGACAACCCCUCCCUUAAAUCCCAGCGCUCCGCGGAAGAGGACGAAGACUGUAGCGGCGAGCAGGACUCCUUGAUCCAGAACCCCAACGUGGCCAAGUCCUUCUCUGCUCCGUCCCUCCGGGCCCCCUCCCCGCCCUCCCGAGACUCAGCCUCUUCCUCGACCAACGGCAACGAGGACAGCCUGUCCGAAGAGGAGAAGGGUGACUCGGCGGCCAACACCCCCUUGUCUCCUUCCUGCGGGCCUGCCGCCGCUUCCCCCGCCGCCGUCAGCCUUCCCCCUCCGCAAGAGUUCGGCAAGGGCAACCCCUUUGUGCUCUUCUUGUGCCUGGCCAUCCUCCUGGAGCACCGGGACUACAUCAUCAAGAACGACAUGGACUACAACGAGCUGGCCAUGCACUUUGACCGCCUGGUCCGCCGGCACAACCUGAACAAGAUCCUGCACCGCGCCAAGGCACUCUUUGCCAACUACCUGCAGUCCGAAGUCUGGGACUCCGAGGAGGGCGACGAGGCCGCUGCCGAAUCUCCCACUGCGUCAUGACCCCUGCCCUCCUGCCGGGCGGGGACCGGUUCCCUGCUACCCUCAGGCACAAGGACAGACGGGGAAAGGUGACUAAGCGGCUAAGUCGGAUUGUUCCGCUCAAUACACCUUCCGUGUCGAACGUACUCUGGUUUUUAUCUCUUCCUUUGUGCAGAUAUCUUGUGUAGAGGCCUCCUUCUAUCUUCUGUGCCUCUUAACUCUUUCAAGUACAAGUGAUCUUCUUGGGAAGGUCUGUCCUGGAGCAGCCAGGUUCUACCCCCCACUCCCCUUUCCAGUGUUUCCCGCACCUUCCUCUCUUGCUACAUUUAGAAUUCUCCUUAGAAUACCAGUCAAAGGGUCACCCAGAUUGACUUCCGUCCCUUCUGGAACCUGGUGCUUUCCGUUCAGGGCAGGUUUGCCCAAACCAUCCCCCUCCCCCCCCAUGUUGCCUCUUUCGUUGUGGUUUUGUUUUCUCCAUAGAGUGCCGGUUUGUGCUUGACGGAAUUGCCAUAUUUAUGCCCUUCCCCUCCCCCCAAAAAAGGCCUUUUAUGCUAACUUCUUCCGUUACAACUUCAGUUUGUUUGAUUGUUUUUUUAAAAAGCACUUUAUUUCCUCAA